AUGUGGGCAAGGCACGCAUUUCGAACCACCAGCUGCAGCGACAUCUUGCUAAAUAACGUCGUCGAGAACUUCAAUGCUUGGGUGUUGGAAGCAAGAGGCCAGCCGAUACUAACUUGUUUCGAGACUAUACGGCGGCAGAUUAUGAACCGGUUCAGUAAGAAAAAUGCUAGGGCAGCAACGACACCGAAUGUAAUUUGUCCAAAGAUUGUGAAGAAGUUGGAGAGAAACAAGUUAGAGGCGAAGAACUAUAUUUGCCGGUGGAGCAAUCAGAUGCAGUUUGAGGUCGAUAGUGCCCAUGAGUCUCGGCGGGUGGUGGAUCUUCAAGGAAGAACAUGUGGCUGUGGGAGGUGGCAACUUAAUGGUAUUCCUUGUCCCCAUGCAGUUUGUGCAAUAUACCUCAAUAAAGGAAAACCCGAGACUUAUGUCAGCCAUUGGUACAUGAUGGAUACGUACAGAAAGUCCUAUGCCUCCGGGAUUUGUCCUAUGCCUGGCCCGGAUGAGUGGCCUGUUGAUGAGGGUGUGGAACCUAUAGAACCACCGCAGCCAAGGAAACAGCGCGGGAGGCCCAAAAAACAGAGGAAAAGAGGAGUUAAUGAGCAGCCAGACGAGAGCAUCAAAGUGAGUCGCAAGGGAUACGAUGUGCGGUGUGGAAAUUGUGGUGAAAAGGGGCACAAUGCUAGGAGUUGCCGUGAACCCGACAACCCGAAUAGGAAGAAGUAUCCCAAACAGCCUAGGAAACCGAAGGGAAGUACAUCAAGGACAGGGCCAUCAGGUGUAAGCCCAUCUACCCCUGCAGGCCCACCUACCCUUGUAGGCCCAUCUGCCCCUGCAGGUCCAUCAGGUGCAAGCCCAUCUACCCCUGCAGGCCUAUCUACCCCUGCAGGCCCACCUACCCCUGUAGGCCCAUCUGCCCCUGCAGGUCCAUCAGGUCAACCGGCAAGGACACCUCGAACACGAAGCAUACCUCGAGGAACAAGCAUACGUCGAAGACCAAGAGAAAGGAGAAUGUCUUCCGUGUAUAAGAGGCAACCAAAGCGAGGUGGAUCACAACCAAUUCAAAUAGAUUGA